AUGCAAAUUAUUUUUUAUAAACAUUCUUCAACUCUCUAUGUUUUUAUUUCACUUUACUAAUUCUACUCCUUUUCAUAUCGAAAUCAUUAUCCAUAUACAUUAAUAAAUAUAUAUAUCCAAAAAAAUAAUAGUGCAAUUAAACAUCUCAUUAAACCAUUUUCUUUUCAACUACCCCAAUCUGAAUAAUUUAAUCCACUACUUUUAGAUAAUCUUUAUUGGAAUUAUAUUUAAGCCAAUCUCUAAUUCAAUAUAUCUCUCUAUUCUUUAGAGAUAUUAAUUAAUGUGGACCAUUUCUUAAAAACUUUGUCUAAUCCAAUCUUACAUUAGAUGAUAUCAUAAAUUUGGAAUUUAGAUUAUUUAAAAUAAAGUUAGAAGUAUCCUAAUUUGUUAUGGAUUUCUAUACUCAAAUUAACAAGAAAAAGAAAAAGUAGAACUUUUAAAAAUAAAACAAGAGUAUAUAGAAAAUUAAAAGAAAUUUAAAAGUAACAUCUAAACUAAUAAACUCCUAGAAAUAAAGAACUUUAUUAAUUCAAAAUAUAAGCGAAGCAAAUAAAAAAAACCUGUCUUUAAAUGUCAUCAUAGUAAUAAAUAUUAUCUAUCUAAAAAUAAAAUCACUCAAACAUUUUGAUAAUAAACAUGUUGAAAAAUGAAAAGAUGUUAUAUAACUAAUUCAGAAUAUUUAGGCUCUAUGCUUUAACAAUUAUAAUAUAAAUAAAUGUAAUAAUAAUAAUCAAUGAUAAACAUAUAACAAAGCUUUUUGAAAUUAUAACAAUUUGAUACUACUAUGUAAU